AUGUUGAGCGGAAAAGUGGUCAUUGAGGAAAGAAGAACGAAGUUGAAUGGUCCGAAGGACUUUGAUGUGGCCAAUGUGGAUCAACUUGAAGGCAAUGUAGAGCAAAGUGGAUCACAAGAAAAGAAAGGAAAUUCAAGAAAAGAACGAACGGAAAAAUGCACCUUUCGUUGCUCUGUAUCCCACAAAUCGUGGAACAGCCCCAAGUCGGCAGCAGAAAAGUUUGCGUUUCUGAUCCAGGAGAAACGUUGCACUGUGUUUCUCGAAAAACCACCAUUCUCGAGAAUGCAAAAAUAUGCCAGCACAUAA